CAUGAGACAGCCGAGUUUUCUUUGAGACUGAAAGCUGUUUCCUGUUAUCCAUUAACAGGAAGUGAUGUCAUGGUAUCCUGUGCGGUUGAUGGAGCAGGAAAUGUGUUUCUCAAUCUGGGUUCUCCUCUGUUCUGUUCUGUUCUCCUCUGUUCUGUUCUGUUCUCCUCUGUUCUCCUGGUGUGUGUCUGUCAUUGGACCCGUCUAAACGUUGGUUUUGUGUUUCAGCUGGCUGGAGCUGCCUUCAUUGCAGCAGGUUUCUGGGCGUGGAGUGAAAAGGGAGUCCUGUUGGAUCUGACCCAGGUGACCCAGCUGCAUGGUUUUGACCCGGUCUGGUUGGUCCUGGUGGUGGGCGGAGUCACCUUCAUCCUGGGAUUUGCCGGCUGUGUGGGAGCUCUGAGGGAAAACAUCUGUUCUACUAACACAUCUUUUUCGGGCGUGAUUGGCUUCAUCUUCAUCCUGGAGCUGACGGCAGCAGUGCUGGCGGUGGUUUUUCAGAGUCAGGUCAGAGAGUGGAUCAACGAGUUCUUCCUGGCAAACAUCAAAGCGUACAGAGACGACAUUGACCUGCAGAACCUUAUCGACUCUCUGCAGAGGAUGAACCACUGCUGUGGAGCUCAGGAACCUGACGACUGGAAUCAGAAUGUUUAUUUCAGCUGUAACGGGACUCAUCGCAGCAGAGAGAAGUGUGGGGUUCCUUUCUCUUGCUGCAUCACCGAUCCUGCUGACUCGGUGGUGAACAGUCAGUGUGGUUACGAUGUGAGAAACAGACCAAAGAGGGCCUGGAAUGAUGAUAUCUAUGUUAAAGGUUGCAUUGCUGCAUUAGAGGACUGGUUACCGGGGAAUCUCUACACUGUGGCCAUCGUCUUCGUUGUGAUCUCUCUGCUGCAGAUGGUGGGAAUCUACCUGGCCAGGACUCUGAUCUCCGACAUUGAGAAGGUGAAAUUCAGCUACUGAAGGCUCCAUCUGUAGUGGGUGGGGCCUCCACCUGCUUUCUUAAGUCAGACGUGCCUUCUUCUUUUCCUGUAGCUGCCAAAGUCCUGAAAGAGAACAUUUAUUGUUAUUGUUGUUUAUUUUGUUGUUUUGUCACUGCUCAGCACCAGACUGCCUUUACUUUUCCUGAAGUUUAAGAACACAAACUGAGACCUUUUCUGCUCUUUCAACCUUUGAAUGUUUAUUGAACCAGUGUGACCUUUGACCUGAUUGGCUGUUUACCUUCAGUGCCUCCUUCAUCAUCAUCAUCAUUUUGAAUUGAUUAAUCAAUGAAUCAUUCAGUCUAUAAAUCAAUAAACUAACAGUUGAACAUGGAAACUGCUAAUCAAUUAAUGAACUGAUUGAUCAAUAGCUGAAUGUGGACACGUUGAUGAAAACUGAAAAUAACUUUAAUGUUACAGGUUUUAUAAAGAACAUAAAUAGAUAUCGUUAUUAUCAGUAUCAAUGUCAGUAUCAGUUUUAUCACUAAUCGAUGUGCUGAGCAUAAAUAUGGAGAACUUUGACACUGGAUUCAUGUUAACGAGCUUUAGAUGAAUAAAGUUUUUUUUGUUCCAAUGUUUUGUGUUAAUAAAGACUUCAGGACUUUUGAGCCAAUCAAAGCCACAGGAACUUUUUCAUGAUUUAAUUUGAAAAAAAGACAGCUUUUAUUGUGAAGGGAUUCUGUUUUUAUAUAAAAGUGGAUUUUUAUAAAAAAUAAAAAGUUUGAUCUGA